GGAAGUGUAUACAUGGCUACUGGCCCCUCUUCUACGAGAUGGACAUGCGGUUGGUUCUGGCCACCAUAUGCUUUUAUUCUGAGCCACAAAUUCCAUCGCGACCUCUUGGGUGCAUUGGCGAUGGCUGAAGCCUCUCUGUGAGCCGACCGAACUACGAUCCCCCGGGAUCACGGUGGAUCGUGCAAAGCUACUCCAGAGUCUCGACCCGAUCGGAUAUCCCCACAAUAACCAACAAUAACGUAACGCAGAGUCAAAUUAGAAGCCACCUCAAACACGCUUAGCAGAAAAAAACCCCUCGUUAAUAUGGGGGUACCAACCUCCAUCUGCUUAGAAGAAUUCUCGUUUUCUAUCGCCGAGAGCAGCAAAACACUGCAAGGCCGCCCUGUCCGAUUCAACAUCUAACGGAAGAACAAGUCGAUCUUUGCUUUCAAUCUUCUUGCAUGCUUCGCCCGUGCUGUACAUCUUUUGAAAGUUGAGCUAAGACCAAUGGGUCGCCUGGUCCGAGCUGGUGCUUAAAAGCCACUUCGUUCACGCCAGACUAUUUCUAGCAAGACUGGCUCGGGCACUUCUGCCUCCCCUCUCUCGUCGAACGAACUCUAAUGCCCUCUCGUGUGCAACGGCUCUCCUUACAAGACGGCGCAUUUCGAACAGUCAAAGAACUUUUCUCUAAAUAUUUCUUCAGUUUCUCCUUCUCGCAAUCCUCCCCGUCGCACAACGAACGAUCGCCGUCUCGGUUCUCUCGCUGUAUUAUCCAUCUCCCUCGGCGGUUCCUGUGACUGCCCGUUUCAAUUCGCAUCAUUCCUCGAAUAGCAGUGCAAUGAACUAGAUAUCGCCAUGUCUGAUCAUACUGGUCGGCCAACCGGCGAGGGCCUGGUCCUCGAGGCAUGGGGCCAGGGCCUCAUGAUCGGCAGCUUGCUCAUCAUGGCGGCUAUCACUCUCUCAAACAUGAAGAAACACAUUCUCCUACACAAGCUCAUCCUCGCCGAACUAAUUCUCGCCAUGGGUCAUGGUACCUUCAUUUUCCUGCAAGAGCCCGGCUAUGGCUGGUACUUAUCUGUUACGGCGAUCGGCCUGAAUAUAUCCUGGGCACUGCACAAUGUCAUUGCGUGGAUGAAGAAUCGACCGUUUCUAUCACGCCGAGUCUCAAUGUUCUACAUCGUCACCGUCAUUCUUUCCUGGCCGUAUUGGAUCGUCGAGAUCUAUGCCAACUUCACCUACUUCAACAAUAUCAAUAACCUGUUUCAUACCACUCGACCGCUUGAACCGAUCUUCAGGGACCCCUGGUGGGUGUUCACGACCGUGUCCCUUUUCUACACCAUCAAGCGCGAGUAUAAUUUCGGGCUCUGGGAACUCGUCUUCAUCAGCCCCCGCUUCGGCAUCAUGCUCGCCUCGAUGUGUCUCUCUAUCGCAUUCAUCGUGGUAGAUACCUGCAGUGUCCUGAAUGCUUUCAGUGAUUCACUGCCUCAGGGUAUCGAGCCAUUUUGGAAGUUAUCCUUCAUCUUCAAAUGCCUCUGCGACACGGUCAUCCUCGACGACUUCAAGACAGCCCUAGACAGAAUGCGCGCCUACUGGCUCCGAAAACAAGCCAGCGGCGAGAUUCUUUUGACGAACGCAAAUACCGUUCGCUCACCACAUCGUGGCGCCCAACAAAUCGAGGAUAUUGAGUCUGCACCCAGUGCUCACCGGGUGGUGCGAAAUAACAAGUCUUUCUCCAUGCCUCGGGUUGUGCUCAAGGAUGAAGUUUAAUAUCGGAAGGGUACAGACGGUUUCCUGUUAUUGAUUUCCUAGUUUCUCUUGGGUGUGUCUGGGCUAGGGCUUUGUACAUCAGCG